CGCAUUUGACAUGAACGAUGAAGCAGAGCUUGCAAACAUGCUGCAAAAGAGUUUAAAGGGUAAGAGAUAUUUAAUUGUAUUGGAUGACAUCUGGAAAAGUGAAGCUUGGGAUGCCGUGAGAAUAUGUUUUCCAAGUGAAAACAAGGGGAGUCGAAUAUUGUUGACGACCCGUAACACUGAAGUAGCUCGCUGUGCUGGUACAGAGAAUCUUUCUUUGCAGAUGGGCUUCAUGGAUCUAGAUGAUAGUUGGAACCUUUUUAAAAGUACAGCAUUUGCAAAUGAAGCAUUACCAUAUGAGUUCGAGACUGUUGGAAAGUAAAUCGCUGAUGAAUGUCACGGGUUACCACUAACUAUUGUCGUGGUUGCUGGACUUCUCAAAUCUAAAAGGGCAAUCGAAGAUUG